UUAUUAGAUGCUAAUAAACUAAUCUCCAUCAUGAAGGAAGAUUGUCCAACCUCAUCUCCAGUUGUUAGAAGGUUCCUUGCACACCAUGCUCCUUGAGCAUACAUAUAUCGUUGUUGAGCUUCUAAGGUGGAUCCACAGGAACAGACAAAUGUACAGUGAGCUUGUGUUAAUGUUGGUGUCAAUGGGGAUGAGAGAGAAAGUAAUAAUCGCCCUGGAUUCCUGGACAAUUCUUUGACCAUUAGGUCUGGUCAUUAUGCUAUGUCUAAUGAAUUUGUUUUAUACCGGAAUUAGUUCUCUCCAAUUUACCAAGCUGCCUUACUCCUCACUACCCAGACUGCAAAGUACAUCACUCUGAUCUUUGUGUAAUGUCAGCCAUUGGCCUCAUCAAAAUGAGUUAACCUAGGAUCAAUAACCCAAGCCAUUCCUGAUCCGUGACUAUCACAGAACGUGGAGCGGAACAAAACUGGAACAGGCCCUUUGGCCCACAAUGUCUGAAUGAACUAUAAUGCCAAAUUAAAUAAAUCCAUCUGCGUGCACAUUCUCCAUAUCCCUCUAUCCCCUCCGUGUUCAUGUACAUAGUAAACUUGUUAUCAAAGUACAUAUGUCACCAUGUACAUUCUUGAAGUUCAUUGUCUUGAUAGAAUAAUAACCAUAACAGAAUCAAUGAAAGACCGCUCCAGCUUGGAUGUUCAACCAGUGUGCAAAACACAACAAACUGCAAAUACAAAAAGUAAGAAAAAAUAAUAAUAUAUGAGCAACAAAUAUCGAGAACAUGAGAUGAAGAGCGCAUGAAAGUGAGUCCGUAGGUUGUGGGACAUUUCAAUCAUGGGGCAAGUGAAGUUGGGUGAAGUUAUCCCCUUUGGUUGAGGAGCCUGAUGGUUGAGGGGUAUAACUGUUGCUGAACCUGGAGCUGUGAGUCCUGAGGCUCCUGUACCUUCUUCCUGAUGGCAGCAGCGAGGAGAGAGCAUGACCUGGGUGGUGGGGGCGCCUGAUGAUGGAUACCGCUCUCCUGUGACAAAGCUUCCAAGUGUACCUGCUCCCAUCACCAUUACUGCAAGAGCCCUAAAUCUGUGUGUGGGAGGGUGGAGAAACCUGGCCUGAACACCACUGUUAAACUUCCCCAUCUUAUCUUAAUGGGUAUUUGACAUUUCCACACUGGAAAAGGACUCUUACCUACUUGAUUUUUCCUCUCAUAAUAUGAUAUACAGUUCGAGUUGCCAAAUUUCUCACUCCCAAAUAAGGGACAGUUGGCAACCCUUUAUACAGUACCUCUAUCAGGUGUCCCCUCAGCCUCUCCUUAUAGCUAAUACUCUAUAAUCCAAGCAGCAUAGUGCUGAACUCCUGCACCCUCUCCAAAGCCUGCCCAUCCUUCCCGUAAUAGGGUUGUCAGGAGGACAGACCAUACAAUGCAUCGGAUCACAGUCUGGCUCCGUGUCGCUGGAAUGAAUCUCUAAUCCCUUUCAAGGGUCUAUAUUGUGCCUGCCCCAGGCUGGGCUGGGAGUCACAGUACAGCCUUUGUGCCUUGUGUAGCUAUAUUUGGGUACUUCUUGUUCUUUGGUAAGCCACAAAACACCAGAGGGGUUGCUGGAGCAGAAACAGAUUUGUAUCUGUAAGCUAGGGUGCCAAUUAAUGCCAGCUGGCAGUGCAAGCACCAGUUUGACAGAUUGUGUUGUGGACCGAUAUGUGAUGUGUGGAGACGAGGAGCAGUGGGGGUAAUAGUGCAGGGUGACUGAUUGCUUCCUGUGGUUGGCUAGAGCUGUUGCACAUCGUGGGAGAAUCCAAAGCCAAGGAUGUGGAGUAAAAUUGCAAGGCCUAGCCACAAUCCCUUGCAGCACAACAGGAAAUGCAGUCAGUUCCUCUGAAGGACAAGACUGGGUUUCAGCAACUUUUCAAUUCACUCUCCAGGGAUGUUACGACAGGACAGGUUGAAUGAUUGCACUGGAGCCUUGGCUUGUAUCUCCCUCUCCCUCUUUAUAUUCUACCUUAAAAGAAACAGCUGCAAUAAAGAAUGAGGAUAUUUUUAUUCCAUAUUCCUAGUGGAAUGAUGAGCAACCAGCGUGCUCAAAAUCCGGCUACAGGCAUGUGGAUCAAAGGUGACCGUGGGAGUUCUCAGGAGAUGGAGUAAUGAGUAGGAGCAGGCUUGGGACAGCUUCUAAGGAGCCCCUCAAUCCCCUGGGUUCUGGCAGUGUCAAGAACAUAGUGAAAAAAAUCGAAGACUCCCUGAGCCAGAGGUCUUGUACUACAACCAGCAAGACUCUCUGGAAAUACAACUGGCCUCUGACCAAGAAUCUGGAGAAGGCUAGACCCUCUGAGGUUCCCAAGUUAGAACCACAGCCUCCUCUAUCGGGAAAGCCAGCGCUCGCAGGGGACAUUGGUUCAAGCAGAACGGGGCCAAAUGACCCGCAGCUGCCCAGAUACAAAGCAUCGGGGAGGGGGGUUGCCAUUCAAAAUGGACAAGCGGUGAAGAAUUUACCAAAGAAAAUGCACUCAUCAGAUAGUGCCCCAAAUCUUGGCGAGCGCGUUACUUCCCGGCACCAUGGCGUGAAUAUUAAACAAAAAAUUUUGCAAUGGGAGGGGAAAUCCAAUGUUGUCUCCAGCCCAAACAAGCAGACGGAUGGUGCUUUUCCUUCGGAGCAUGAGUGUUUGUUUCCUUCAGAUGCAAAAACUGAGAGUCUAGUGGACAACAAUAAGAGGGGCCUAGUGAAAGCAAAAAGCCUGGGCCUGGACUUCAGGGAAGGAUGGAAUGCAAGUGACCAAAAGGUAAAAAGUACUGUUGACAAAAAUGGAGGAGAACCAAAUACAAGAGUGUUGUCCUCUGUCCUCUCUCAAACAAAGAAACUGGAGAACUUGGCCAAGAAGACUCCAGACUCUGCAAAGUUGCUACCUCCAGGAAAUUUUUAUACAUCGCAGAAAUUUUGGAGGAAGAUUCAAGACAUUCCGCAGGAUCAAAAUGCAGUAUCUGCCUCAGAACUGAAAAGGAAGCGAGAAAGUUCUAGUUCAACUGAAAAAGACUUGGAUUUGUCAAAUUUUAAGGUCAGCGAUACUGGCACCAGGAAUGCAGAGAAUGUGUACAGCGCGGAUUCUGAGGAAACAGCGGAAUCGUGUGGGAUUAAUCCCGUUCCCAAACCUCGUCGGACAUUUAAGUAUGCUGUAGAUAAAAAUUCUGGCUUUGCCUCUCAAGUGAAGGGGAUGUCCCCAAGAGGAAAUGCACCCCCACUGCCAAUGCACCCACCUCCUUCAGCAAGGACACCUGGGACUGAAUCACAACUAAUAAAGGCAAAAAGGAAGUCCUUCGAAUUUGAGGAUGUGGACAGUCUCAAGGUCCUCCUGACUCCUGUAGGUCACGAGAAGAAUCACAGACAAGGUGUUAAGGAUAUGGAGAAGACACUUCCCCAAACGCUGUCCGAAGAGAACAUCUACGAAGAUAUCAUAAGUCCUUCGAAGGAGAAUCCAUACGAAGACGUCAAGUUCUCACCGUUUCUAUCUCGGGGAAGGCGAGUUUGGGCAUCACCACCGAGUCGACCCAGGAGGCCUCCAGAGCUCCCACCAAAGCCCCCCGGUCUUCAGGGACAAGCUCAGGAAAGUAAAACGUUGAAAGCUGGAGAGCAGAGGAAGGUUGGUAAGGACUGCACAGUACCUCUGCUUCGCUCUAGUCCCCUGUCUGUGCCGGGCACCCCUGAGGAUUCUGUCAGUGGAGACGUGUUUGUGAAAAAACGAAAGAAGAUCCCUUUGCUGGUUCUGAAGAUCCAGGCAGCAUAUGAUGCAAAAAGAGGAAAGAAAAAGGUGAGAGCUCUGACGUUCACAGGACCAGAGUCCACACCACAGAAAGAUGAGAAUAGUGAGACGGAGAGCGAUACGGAAGAGCAACAGAAAGCACACAGCCAGCGCCUGGUGUAUGUACAUUCCACGUUGAAAAGGAACACACGUUACCAGACUCUCGAACGAGAUUUAAUCGAGUUGCAGGAGCAGCAGCUUUUUGAGUACUUUGUGGUGGUGUCUCUUCGGAAGAAAGCUCCCUCCAACACUUAUGAGCCGCAGGUCACGCAGCAGUUCCCAAGUAAGUUCGAGAAAUCAACAAGGCAAGCUCGUGAUGCCGAGGAGAGACUGAAGGCUAUCCCACAAUUCUGCUUCCCGGAUAUCAGUGAAUGGGCUGCGGUUUCCCACCUGAACAGUGAAACCUUCUCCUUUGUUCUGACUGGCGAGGAUGGAGGCAGGAGAUUCGGAUACUGCAGGAAGCUCUUGCCGAACGGGAAAGGUAAAAGGCUGCCAGAGGUUUACUGCAUCAUCAGUCGUCUAGGCUGCUUCAAUCUCUUCUCCAAGAUAUUAGAUGAAGUGGAGAAAAGACGAGAGCUUUCGCCCGCCCUCGUCCACCCUUUCAUGAGGAGCGUCAUGGAGGCCCCUUUCCCUGCCCCGGGUCGAGUCAUCACGGUGAAGAGCUUCCUGCCAGGUUCAGGAAAUGAGGUGAUUGAGCUCUGCCGCCCCACGGAUUCGAGGCUGGAGCACGUAGACUUUGAAUGCCUCUUCGGAUGUUUGAAUGUGCGUCAUGUGGUCCACGUGUUUGCUUCUCUGCUCCUGGAACGGAGGGUGAUCUUCAUCGCAGACAAGCUCAGCACCCUGUCUAAGUGUGGGCAUGCAGCUGUGGCCAUGCUGUACCCAUUCACCUGGCAACACACCUACAUCCCUGUGCUUCCUGCUGUCAUGAUUGACAUCGCUUGUUCUCCCACACCCUUCCUUAUUGGAAUCCUUUCCAACUCGGUGCCUCUGCUGAAUGACCUGCCAAUCGAGGAGGUGCUGGUAGUGGACUUGUGUGCCAACAGGUUUCUGAGAAAGAUGGAUGAUGAAGAUUGCAUCCUUCCCCACAAGCUCCAAGCUGCACUGGUGCACAUCUUUGAGCAGAGAAAUGAAAUACUUGCUUCAGAGGAGGGAGCAGAGGCUGGAGAUGCCCAGCCCUCUCUCAGCUCUCUCGUCUCAGAAGCGUGCGUCAGGUUCUUCGUGGAGAUUGUGGGCCAUUACUCCCUGCACAUGUCAGUCGGUGAGAGGGGGGAGCGCUGCUUCCAGAGGGAUGCCUUCCGCAAAUCCCACACCUCCAAGAGCAUUCGGCAGUUCCUGGAGCUCUUCAUGGAGACUCAGAUGUUCGCUGGCUUCGUGCAGGACAGGGAGCUCCGGAAAAGUGGAAUCAAAGGCCUCUUUGAGGUGCGAGCUGGGGAAUAUCUGGAGACCAUCCCUGAAACUGAACCAAGAAGCGUUAACAGGUUCCUUAAAGGCCUUGGGAAUAAAAUGAAAUUUCUUUCCAAGAAAUGAAAGCAGAUGCAGUAAUGCAGACACUUCAGCAUGAUGGAUGGUAUAAUGAAGCAGCUUGUUACCAAGCAGUGAGAGUACUCCUGAACUCAGUCCCUCCAGAGUCUGCCUUUGCUGGUCAUUGGGUUCUCUGGAUUGAUUCCGCUCGGUGCAGUUUGCCCUCCCCCCCAUGUCUGUGUGCACUCCUCACUGCACUACAUUUGGAAGCAGUCUCCUAGCAACAGGCCCUGGAUUUAACCCUGUGAUGCUGAGGAAAAGCAACAUUCCAUCUCAGCCCCGCAGCAAAGUGUUCAGAAGCAAACUGGAUGUGACUGAGAGUAGAGGUUGGAUCAGUCCUGGCUGUUCUAUCUGACAAGGGUUGUCCUCGCAAUCAAAAUAGUGCUUCACUUUGUUCUGGUGUUAUUUUCGAACUCACCGCCUGUAGGCAAUUGUUCCUUUCACUCUGUGAACCUGUUCUUGGGUUGGCAUUCCUAACUGAAGUUAUUGGUGACUCUACGCUAUUUCCGAUGUGAGGCACAGUGCUUGUACUCACAGUUGUGCGUGCACUCGUACUGUCUCUCUCUGAAAGCUGCUUUGUGGUUGGGACCAGCACUCUGGGCUAGAAGCUGAUGGUAUGAGGAAGGAUGUGAGGCGAGAACUGACUGGGCCUGAGACAGCAGCACUGCAUCUCAAGCUGGUGUCAGGGCUAAAAGGGCCGUCCUCCCACAGCUGGUUUGCACAGUCCGCAGCUCCAAGCACUGACUCAUUUUGGAACUGGACCACGGCUGGAACUUUCCCUCGGUCACGUCAGAGAGAUUGAUGGGAACUUUCCCGAUCAAUAUCCUAUUCGCUUCCAGGGAAAGUUCUUGGAUUUGCAGAAGGGGAAAAGUUAAUCCAGCUAAAGAAAGCUCACAGUUAUAGGCUCUAAUUAACCAUCGGUCGCAGUGAACCACACCACCACCCAUCUCUCUGUGUUAUUACGGAAGCAGCAUCUGCCUUUCCCCUGUUCUGAAGAGAUGUGUCAUACAGCUGUUUUUCCUCAGUCAGAUCACGUUUGUGGGAGACCGGAUUUAGCAAGCUCCUGUCCAACCCGGGUGCCUUGUAUUCCUGCUCUCCCUCACCCCUGUAAUGCUUUUCCUCCCUCACUAUAAAGUGAUCCGAUAUAGGAGGUGUCACUGAUUCUAAUUUUCUUCGCCACCCCAGAGUGCCUGAAGCCAGUUGGGGUAAAUGAAGGUGUUCUGCAAAAGAACUGGGAAAAGCGAAGCAAUAGACUCAUUACCAAUUUCCACCUGGGUGUCACAGCAUCAUGGACACUGGUUCAGGCAAUUUUUUUUUUAAGAGAGCCACAGAUGGUAAAGGCAGGAGUUUCCUGCCCUCAGUGGCUGUGAAGAUUCCGCCCUGUCUACGGCAUUCCAUGGAUUGUCCCAUAAUGUGAAUGGUGGUGUCUCAGUCCCCUGCAUGCUUCAUAGGGUCAAUCACAGAGAAUAUUCAUAAGCUAGUCUUGUAAAGCUGGUUAGCUGCUCCCCCGCUGAAACAUAGAUCUAUAGUGAUUCAUCAAGUGAUGGACUCCAUGGAGGCCAAUGUGCAGAAUGGCAAGAGGGAGAGAUUGUCCUGCAGAGCGUUCCCCAACAGCCCUGCAGCUGUACUCCCUCGAAAUGUGUAGUUUGACAUGUACACUAGCCCUCGGGAUCUUACCAAAGGCAAGUGUCAAACAGCUGAGCUCAGGGCCCAGUCAAAGCCUCUUGGCUUUCCAUUACUAAAACUGUUUCAAGUCUUGUUCUGAGUGCUUGCCUGGUCAGAAUGAACGUGUUCUGUUUCAGAAAAUGCCAUGAGCGCACAUGAGGUCAGGCAGCAUCUGUGGGAAGAGUAAGUUGAGGUCUGAGGUGGAAGACUUUGUCAGACUGUUCUGAAAAAGAGGGCUUCUCUUUUUCUCUCCCCACAGCUGCUUCCUAAUGUGCUGAGUGUUUCCAGAACUUUCUAUUUUUACUUCAGAUUUCCAUUUCUUGGGUCAAACCAAAGAAUGCAGACCAACAGCACUCCAGUAAACAGAGGGAUAAAUCUCACCUCCUCCCUGCACGGGCUAUCUGUGUGUGUAUACCUGUACCUCGCCUAGUCUUUAUUUGUGCCCAUUUGUCCUGGGGUAGAGUCGCACAUGCGGGCACAUGGCUGACUCCCUGGAGACCCUCUCAGAACUUUCAUAUGAUUUGCACAAAUAUUCUCUGGACGUUAGCCAUUGUCUGUGAAUAAAUUGAAUGUAAAGCGUGAAGUUAAGUUUCACAGGCGUAUUUCAUUUAAAAUAAAGCACUUCGUGAUAUCCUGAGGUGAUAUUGUAUCGAUUAUUUUCUUUGUAAAUCUUUUGUAUAAAUCUUUUCAUUACCCAUACUUUGUUCUCUCUGUCUGUGUGUGUCUCUGUCAGUCUGUGUAUCUCUCAUCCCAUUACUGCUUUUCUCUGAUGCUGAGCUCUUUAUAGAGCUCAGGGGACCAAGACAGGAGCUACCAGUUUCUGAAUUAUUGUGAAAGGGUCACUAAAAACUGUAGCAGGGGGCUGCAAGUUUUAGGAGAACUGCAGUGAACGUUUGCAGAAAACUGAUAUUCUGAUUAGUGAAACCACUAAUACCUAGGUCACCAAGGCAGCCAGUCACCAAGCACCUCCAAUCUUUGCAGUAUGAUCGGUUGGUGCUGUUUGGCUGCCUGUGUAUGUAGGAGAAAUAACUGUAACAAAUACUUGUUUACAUGUGAAUUUUAAAAUAAACAUUUUG